GAAUGCUGGUUUGUUUACUGUGAGGCAAUGGCGGCGAUGCGGGGGGCUCGGGGGGCACUGUGUCUGCUUCAACACUACAGCUCGGACAGCGACGGGGACUCCGGCUACACUAGCGAGGACGACAGGAAGAGGAAGCAUGAAUUUACCAGUCCACAUGAGAGGAAGAAGAAGAAGAGGCGGCGAGGAGAGGAGGAAGAAGACAUGGUGGUGGACAGUCCUUUCUCCUCCUCCUCUUCUUCCUCCUCCUCCUCCUCCUCCUCUUCCUCCUCCUCGUCCCCUCCUCAGGCAGCUCCCCAGGGCAUGUGUGGGCAGGAACGUGGCGCCGUGGCUGCCCCGCGCCCGCAGCCCCCCCACAGGAGCAUCCCGCUGCCGGCUGAGCUGCUGGCGGGGCGGGAGGGGGCACAGCACACAGAGGACCCACAGCAGCACCAGGGACGGCUCAGGAGCUUCCCACACGAGCGAGGGAAUUGGGCGUCCAUCUUGUAUAUUCCCUUACACCUUGGUAUCUAUGGACCAAGCUUCUCUUCGCUGGUGAGUUCAUUGUUGUCGACCUGCCGCCAACACAGCCUGUCUCUCACCCCCUCCACCGACCUGCACGUCUCCCUCUCCCGCACCCUCGUCCUGCACCUCCACUGGAUACACCCGCUCACUGAGGACCUGCGCAGGACUGUGGCCCAUAAAGCAAGGUUUUCUUUGUGGCUUCACGGGCUGAGUGUGUACGUGAACGAGGAACACACCCGCACAUUCCUGGGUCUGCGGGUGUGUCAGGGACGUUCCGAACUGGAUGAGUUGGUGGGAGAUGCCGACAAGUGUUUUGCCGAGUACAGACUUCCUCCAUUUUAUAAGGACGGCUCGUACCAUGCCAGCAUCGCGUGGUGUGUGGGAGACGUCUCCGAGCCGCUGCGCCGCCUCCUACCACAGCUGGAGAACCUGUGCAGCCAAUACUUUGCGGUGGAGACAGACAUGCGGACUUUCGACAUCUCCACGCUGCUAUUCAAAGCGGGGAAUAAGAUUACCACUUUACACCUCAGAUCUCAAGACUAACAGACAGACACUCACACGCACACACUGUCACACACUCACGCACACACACAUACACGCGUACAGUUGCUCGUGUUCUCGGAGGUGCAAGGAAUUGAGGCAGGAAGUUUGUCUCAUCAGGUAAUUUCAGCUUUGUUUUAUCAGGUCAAGUUGUGGUGUCUGUUUGUAAGUCAGGGAGGUCAAAGGUCAGGUCAGGGCAGGGCAAGGCAGGGCAGGGCUGUCAAUGCCUUCCCUUAGGGUCAUGUGUGUGUGUUUGUUUGUUUGUGUUUUUUUUUUUUUUAAGAUCGUUUUUUUCCGUUUUCUGUCUUUCUGUGUGUUUGUUUGUGCGUUU